AUGGACCCUUUCUCCCUCUCAGUGGGAAUAGCGGGAAUCCUGCCGCUCAUUGCCACUGCAAUCACCACAUCCAAAGAGUACAUCGACAAUGUGAGGUCAGCCAGGCAGUCAAUUGCGACGCUGAUAACCGAACUUGAAGCUCUGCAAGCGAACGUUACAAAUCUGCACGGCCUUCUAAAGGGUGAUCUCCUGAACGAGAAUGUUCGAUUUCAGAAGAGCUCGGUUCUCCUAACCUGCUCCACUGCUUGCGAGGCAAAAUUGAAGGAACUCUGCAAGAAGCUGAGCCAGGAAGGAAAGAGCAAAAGGAGUCGCUUGCUGUGGCCUUUCACCGAGAAGGACUAUCAGAAGACUAUCCAGGAACUACGCCAUUUUAGUAGCUGGAUGCAAUUUGCCUUGUCAGUCGAUGGGUGCCGAUUAUUAUCGAAAACUUCGGACAACGUCUUGAAGUUGAUGGCGCAACAGCUAGAACAGUUUAGGGCCGUCCAAGCACUCGAAGCAGACACGCUGCAUAUUCUGGAUGCUGUUAGAGAUCAGCAGCGGAUUAUUGAGGAUAAUAUGGAGAACGAAACAAGGAAGAGCAUUUUGGACUGGAUAUCCACCGCGAAGCACUAUCAGAAACACCGACUUGUUCAAGCGUCGAGGGCACGGAAUACUGGUACUUGGAUUCUCCGUAGAGAGGAAUUCAUGCGAUGGCAAGAUGAUAAUUCUGAUUCAAAUGUGCUCCUCUGCCAUGGCAUCCAAGGAUCCGGCAAGACAAACCUUGCCUCGAUUAUUAUCGAUGACCUUCUUGAAAAAAAGUCCAGUGAGAAAUCACCUGUCGGAUACUUCUACUUUGACCACCAGGAUCAAUCAUCUCAGAGUCCAUCGGCAGUUCUAUCCUGUAUCCUGAGACAGCUUCUCGAGCAGCUACCAAAGAUUCCGAGCCCCGUCGCCGACUUAUAUGAUAAGAGCGGCCAUAAAGGAUCAAUACCUCUUGAUGAGUGUCAGCGAUUACUCACGGAACUGGCUUUAGACCUGAGAUGUUUAUACCUAGUGUUUGACGGCCUUGACGAGUCAACACACCGGAGACUUUUUCUUCAGAGCAUAUUGAAUGUCGCUCAAAGUCACUACGUCCGUUUGUUGGUGACUAGUCGACCGCAUAUUCCGGAUCUUAGAGACUUGUUCCUGAAGCAUCCGAAUCUCAUGAUAGAGGCACAGGAGGAAGAUCUCAAGACCUAUCUCUACCAGGAGCUGGAGCAAGAGGGAGUAUACGAGAGGGCGGAUCAAGCCUUUGUGAACAGAUUGGUUCGGGAACUGACCAAGGGGGCAGAUGGAAUGUUUCUCCUCCCAGUCCUACGGCUCCGCACAAUCCUCAAAGAGCCUACUCCGGGUCAGAUGGAGGAUAGAAUGGCCGACCUUUCGCAUAGUCUCAACGACGCAUUUGCAGAUACCAUAUCCCGGAUCCAGCGACUGCCCGAAAGUCGCCGCAGACUCGGAAUGGAUGCACUCAAAUGGUUGACAAAUACGACUCGUGCGAUGACGGAAUCAGAACUUAGCGAUGCAUUGGCCAUCCACGAAAAGCAGAACGCGGUCAACGCGAAGUAUCGACCCACGACAAAGACUAUUCUCGAAUGCUGUCAAGGACUCGCGACCGUGGACGCAGAAGGUCAUGUACGGCUUGCCCAUUACGCCAUCCAGGAGUAUUUGACAGAUAAUUCAGGAGAUCUUUUCCCACGAGCUGAAGCGACAAUUGCAGUCACUUGUCUUCGCUACCUUGUCUUUAAGAACUUCCAGGAUGGGCCUUGGACAACUGAAAGUGAGAUCGUUUUGAAAAUGGAGAUGUAUCCUUUCCUCACUUGGGCCGCCAGGUAUUGGGGUCAAUUCACGAGGAAGACUGAAACUGACGCCGAGGUGUGGUCGGCACUCCAUAUUUUCUUCUCCUCCCCUUUCGCCACGGCAAUGGCAAAUCAAGUGCGGCAGUACUCGAUGUCUAUGAUCAAAGAUUACUGGGAUGCGAGCGAGUGCAGAAGCUUCACAGCACUCCAUCAUGCGUCGCGUGAAGGGCUCCAGCGGGCAGUAAACCAGCUCCUAAGCAGUGACGCCUUUAGCGUCAAUGAGCUGACACGGAUGGGUGCCACGCCCGUAAUCAUGGCGGCCGCCGAUGGCCACGUACUGACCACUCGGAGCCUGCUGGCCCACGAUGCUGACCCACGCCUGCGCAAUUGGUAUGGCGACGCGUUACAUUGUGCCAUUGACGCGGAUCAAGUGGCCACAGUGCGCGAGCUGGUCCGCUGGGGAAUGGAUCCUAAUGAAGGUGGCGAUAACGGGCGCAAUUAUCUCAUAUCUGCGCUGGAUACCGACUCACACGGCGCAUUUGCAGCCCUCGUUGAGCUAGGUGCUGAUAUUAAGCUGCAGAGCAAGAACGAGCACCAUGAUCAUAUUUUCUUCACCGCGGCGGCCUGGGGCUGCGUCAAAAUCGUUUCGCUGAUGUUGGAACGAAAAUGGGCUGAAAUUGAGAUGAGAAACCUCAACGGACUCACUGCAUUGCACUGUGCCGUUGCGGCCGCAGAAAUGACAACGGUGAGGAGACUUCUUGACGCCGGGGCCAAUAUUGAUGCGACGGAUAAGAAAGGACGUACUGCUCUGGAGUAUGCAGAGGCCAAGCGCAACAAGACUAUAGCACGAUUAUUGCUUGAUGCAGGCGCCAUGCCUUCAGAUGGGACUCGGGCCCGAAAUCACACCCGGAGGAACCACCUUCGGUUAAGUAAAUGA